ACAUAAUCAUACUCUUUAACAUUCUGGCAUCUUCCCACCUCUUCUAUGACUCUACCUUUGUCUUUCUCCUUUCUUGAACCUCCAUCACCAAUUAUUCCAAAUAUCUCAAUGAACAAUUAAACAAACAUAUCACUCAAAUUCAUAUUUUCCGUAAUAAUUCAUCCAAAUAAUUGAUACCCAUUUGAUUUUAUCUAAAAUCUUGAUCUGGGUUUGUUCUAAAAUUUAAAAUGGGUUUUAUUUUUGGAAUUGUUUUUGGUGUUGCUUCUGGUAUUGGAUUAAUUAUGGGUCUUGCUUACUAUGAAAAUAUUCGUGCCAAACGUCGUUCUGAUUUGGCGGCAACAGUGGCAGCUUUUUCUAAGAUGACAGUGGAAGAUGCAAGAAAGAUAUUCACAGCAGAGCAAUACCCACCAUGGGUUAUCUUUCCACAAAUGGAGAAGUUAAAAUGGCUUAAUGCUCAAUUAAACAAACUUUGGCCUUAUAUUGAUGAAGCAGCAUCAGAGUUAAUAAGGAGCUCUGUGGAGCCAGUUCUAGAGCAAUAUAGACCUGUCAUCUUAGCCUCCCUCAAGUUUAAGAAGCUUACUCUUGGAACUGUGGCCCCUCAAUUUACAGGAAUUUGCAUUCUUGAUAGUGACCCCGAUGAGAUAAUCAUGGAAAUAGAGUUGCAGUGGGAUGGCAAUCCAAACAUUGUUCUUGAUGUAAAAACCCAUGUUGGUGUCGCACUGCCUAUACAGGUUAAGAAUAUAGGAUUUACAGGACUAUUCCGGAUAAUUUUCAAGCCUCUUGUGGAUCAGUUUCCUUGUUUCGGGGCAGUAUGUUAUUCUCUAAGGAAAAAGAAAGACUUGGAUUUCACCCUCAAAGUUAUUGGUGGUGACAUGUCUAUGGUGCCGGGGCUUUCCGAUUCCAUUGAUGAAAUGAUAAGAGAUGCUAUAGAAGAUUCUAUAACUUGGCCAGUUCGCAAGAUUAUACCAAUUAUCCCUGGUGAUUACAGAGACUUAGAAUUGAAGCCUUCCGGAAUACUAGAGGUGAAACUUGUGCAAGCGAAAGACUUGUCAAACAAAGAUCUCAUCGGGAAAUCUGAUCCUUUUGCAACGUUGUUCAUACGUCCAUUACGUAACCGAACUAAAAAAAGCAAAACAAUUAACAACCAACUGAAUCCAAUAUGGAACGAGAGUUUUGACUUCGUAGUCGAGGAUCCAUCCACGCAACAUUUGACUGUUAGAAUUUACGAUGAUGAAGGGCUUCAGCCUCCUCAGCUUAUCGGUUGUGCACAUAUACCCAUCAAUGUGCUUGAGCCUGGUAAAGUGAAAAUAGAAUGGUUGAGUCUUGUCAAGGACUUGGAGAUCCAACGGGAUACAAAAAACAGAGGUCAGGUCCAUCUGGAGCUCUUGUAUUGCCCGUUUGGCACAGAAAAUCAGAUUCUGAAUCCCUUUUCGUCUACUGUACUGUUGACGGAAGUGGAGAAAGCCUUGAAAGACACAUCUGAGGAUGACGUGAGUGAUAUCGAAAGAAAAACCACAGAAAAGAAACAUGAGGUUAUACUUAGAGGAGUACUUUCUGUGACAGUAGUAUCUGCAGAAAACCUACCAGUCAUGGAUCUUAUCGGAAAGUCUGACCCCUAUGUCGUCGUGACACUAAAGAAGGCAGGAGCAAAAAUGAAAACUAGGGUUUUGAACGAAACUCUAAAUCCAGUUUGGAACCAAACCUUCGACUUUGUUGUGGAGGAUGCUUUACAUGAGUUGCUUAUUUUCGAGAUAUACGAUCAUGACACUAUCGGAAAGAACUAUAUGGGAAGAUGCAUCAUGACUCUCACUAGAGUGUUGUUGGAAGGGGAAGUCUACGACACAUUUGAUAUUGACGGAACUAAAUCCGGGAAGCUGGCCUUGCAUCUGAAGUGGGCCCCUCAGCCGAUAGUGAGGGAUAUCUAAGGUCGAAAAGCUUUGCAUGAAGCUGCUGUCAAACCUUCGUUGCUUGAAAGGAUAAACGAGAGUCAAAUGUUUCUCCCUUCUAAACAAUUUUAUAUGCACUUGAAGAAAAAAAGUUCAUGUUCAAGUUUAUUGUCCCCUUCAAGAGUUUUCGUAUCAUCAAGCUAGAAAAGACGCUCAAUUUCAAUGACAAGGCCCAAAGAUCGAUCUGCCUAUUUGAUUUGGGUUUUGCUUCACGAAUCACGCUUACAACUUACUGCAAUUGAGUACGUAAUGGUCACUGGACGACUUCGAAGACAUUGAAAUGAAGAACAUAGCGGGGAUGAUCUACGUACAUAGAUUUGAUUAUAGAGCAUAUUUUUAGCCUUGUAUUUGGGUGUUUUGAUUUCCAAAGUAUAUGUAGUUAUUUAUAAUUUCGUACAUAUUUUAUUUUAUAAAGCAUGAAUGCUUAUAAUAUAGUUUUGAUCAUCACUUUUAGAGUAUGCAAA